AUCCAGUCCUCAACUCCUACUAAACAUAAUUAAUGAUGGAGAGAAACUGUACAACUGUGAAGAAUGUGGCAAAGCUUUUAACAAGUCCUCAAACCUUAUUGAACAAAAUAAUUCAUACAGGAGAGAAACCCUACAAAAGUGAAGAAUGUGACAAAGCCUUUAAUCGGUCUCAAAAAAAAAAAAAAAAUCAGAAAAUUCAUACUGGAGAGAAACCCUAUGAUUGUGAAAAAUAUGGCAAAGGUUUUAACUAGUUCUCAGUUCUUAACACACAUGAGAUAAUUCAUACUGGAGAGAAACUCUACAAACAAGAAAGAUGUGGCAAUGCUUCUGACAACACCUCAAACUUUUCUAACCAUAAAAGAAAUCAUAUUAAUGAGAAAUCCUAGAAAUGUGGAGAAUGUAACAAAGUAUUUAAAUGGUUGUCACACUUGAUUAUAGGUAAUAUACUGGAAAAAAUUCCUACAAGUGAGAACAAUGUGGCAAAAUUUUUAACUAAUACAUCUUAUUGCACAGAAAAUCAUUUAUAUUUGAGAAAAAUUGUACAAAUAUAGACUGUGAAAAAGACAUCAGUAUCUGCUCACAUCUUAACACCAGAGAGUUCAGGCUUAAUAAAAGCAUGAUAAGUGCAAUUACUGUCAAAAGAUCUUUCAGAAAAUACUAUCCUUUAAAGUGAAGGAGAAUAUAUUAAAGAUGAACAUUACAAACAUAAAGAAGGUUGUAGUACUUUUACUUGUAUCGGAUCUUAUUGUCCACAUUUUGUACUAGAGAAAAACUCUGAAGGGGUUGCUCAAACUUUAUUCAACAUCAGGGAAUUUAUAUUGGAGAAUUGUCUUGCAAAUGUAAUAAGUUUGGGGAAAGACUUUUUGAAAAACUACAGCUUAGAAAAUACCAGAGUUUAUACUAAAAUAUAUUUUCAAAGAUGUAGUAAAAAUAAAAAAAAUUCAAUCCAAAUUUAAGUCUAUGUAAAUACCAGAAUUUAUAGUAGAAAUAUAUGAGGAACUGACACUUUGAAUAUUCUAAAUCAGAGUUCUGAGUAUAUAAAAUAAUCUAAAACUAAAGUCGGUAGAAAAAUUAUUUGUAUAUAGUGUUAGGAGUAAAAGAUUUGCAGAGUAAUAACUAUUCAGAUCAUGCAUUCUUGAAAAAAUUACAGAUUUUUUGAAAAGCAAAUGAUUAACUCAACUCUUUUCUGCUGUUUCUUCAUUCUUAUUGACUUGUGAAAACAUGUCAUCAUUUGUUGCUGCAUCAGAGGUAUGAGAGAUUCUUUUUCAUUAGGUGGGCAUUAUUUAUUAUCUUUUUUAUGGAUGAGUAAGUAUUAAAAUGUAAGAUGUAUGAUGAAAAUCUAAGUGGAGAGGUUCUUUGUGGUUAACUUAUACUAUUGAAUGAUGCACGAGUAAGGCGUUAAGAGUAAUAUUCUUUUGCAUUAUGAGAAAACUAGUAGUAUAUUCGUAUGUUGUACUAAUUGUGCUUUUAUGUAAUAAAAUGCAGUACAUUUUGAAAUUUUUAAA